AUGCUAUACAUCAACAGAAAGAAAAUCGUUCAUAAUGGUAUCCCUCCAUGUUUCACUUUCAUAUUUGGAGGCAUCCAGCCAAAACUGAGCAAGGCAGCUGCCAACCGCCUAGUGGUUGACGACGACGGCUUUAUGUACCUCAUCACUACAUAUUACGGUGUACGAGGACCGAAGAGGGCACGGCCCGUACUCCCCCUUAGGAAGCCCAACGAUGAGACCGCGCCACACCUCAAGGCCUGUCCUGUUCGACAGGAUCCAUCGAAUUCUAUUCUCGUCCCUACAAGAGGGUAUGGCACUUUGAAGUUGAUGGAUGUUCCGGAUGCAUUCUUCCGCAUCCAAACGGGGUCCAACUUAUGA